AGCAUCUCGCGCAGACCUAGCUUUCUCUUUCUCUUCAUCACUCAAACUCGCAACUUCGUCAUCUCGCGACCCAACAAGUACAACUCGACCGUCUACAACCCACUCGUCAGACCUCUAAAACCCACACGAUCCGCGCAAACUCACACACCAAAAUGCCUGCCUCCACAAACUCCGUCUCCUCGGCCGCUGGCUCUAUCGUCAAGCCUCAGGGUGGCAAGUGCAGCUGCAUCAGCACAGACGACUGCAGUUGCUGCUGCAUUCCUUGCACUGUCAU